AGUUUCCUCUCUUUUCCCAUUCGAAGUCAAAAGCAAAAACGUCCUGUACCAAUCUACUCCACCACUCCUCCAAUCUCUUCCCCCGAGCACGCGAAAAAGUCUCCCAUUACCCUCGAAAGCCUCGUCCAUCCCCUGCUUAACCAUGGAAUUUCCCCCCGUGCUACCGAUCAAAAGCACGAGGAAGGGUCCUUUUGGUGUCUUGCGAGUGAGAGAGAUGCCCCAGCAUGGAAAUCGGAAUCCGAGAAGCCAACGUCCAAAUUCCCUCGCCGUUAUCUCCUUGUAGCAAUCCGCCCAUGAACAAGGAUGGAAUCCCCCGACGCCACCGUCCAAAUCCACCCGCCGUUAUGGCAAUCCGCCCAUGAACUCCAGCACAGUGCUCGCCCCACCUCCUCUCUCUCCUCUUCUCCCUGUAAUCAAUGGCCAUGUUAACGUUGGCGUUGCUGUUUGUUUCCUUUCAGUACUGCAGCUGCAGCAGCAGCAGCAUGCUCUUCUCGCGAUUUGGCUCGAUCUGCCUCCACUGACAUGCUGUGCGGAGCUACUUCCCCUUGUUUUUUCUGAUGGCUUACGCCUCCUUCGUUGAUAAUUCGCCCAGCCCCCUUGCGCCGCUCCGAGUCCUUCUCUACCACCCGCCGAGAAGAUGGUGAGGAAGCGCCUCGCGUCCGAACUCAACCUGCAGGGCGAGUCGUCGUCGUCGUCGUCUCGACUCCCUCGCCGAGGUUCCGCCCCCAGCCCGACCUUCCUCCCCGAGCCUGACCUUCUCUUCGAUCAGCCGCCCUCUUUGUUGCCGUCUUUGCACGCCCUGCAGCCUUUGGCUACGCUCCCUCUUUGCGGCUUCUCCGGCUUGCCUCUCUUCGAGCCUGAGGCUGACCGACCUGCGCUGCCCGCUGCGGGCUUCGACGCUUCCGUUUGCGUUGGCGAUCCCGCGGCGGAAGCGGAUUGGGUGGACCGUAUCGUUCGUGACAUAAUUAGUAGCUCUACUGCAGGCGGCGAGGUCUCCGUUUCUCAGAUUUUAAGCAGCGUGCGGGAGAUCGUGCAUCCUUGCAACCCUGCCUUGGCUGCGCUCCUCGAGUUCCGCCUCCGCUCGCUCACCUCCGACUUGUGUCCUGCCACGUCCUCUCUCCCCGCCGUAGGUGAGCCCUCUGACAAGCAGCGGAGAGAAACCAAGGCUCCGGCGGGACUUCCGGAAAUUAAAGCGUCUUCGAUUCCUGCUGCACCACCUCAAUCUCAGUCGUCUCGACCUCAACCUGGUCAGCGAAACGACACCUCUGCCUCCUCUUCCCACGAGGCGACAGCAUCGGCCGCAACGGUUGUGAAGGAGAAGAGGGAUCGUGAGGUGCACCAGAGGAAGCAGGAAGCGGAGGGGCUGCACCUCCUCACGCUGCUCCUGCAGUGUGCGGAAGCGGUGGCCGCUGACAAACUUGACGAGGCCAACGUUCUUUUGCUGGAGAUCUCGGAGCUAUCGACGCCCUACGGCACGUCGGCGCAGCGAGUGGCGGCAUACUUCUCGGAGGCCAUGUAUGCCAGGCUGGUGAGUUCCUGCCUCGGCCUUUACGCCCCGCUACCGGUGGUGCCGCAGCGCCACCGCCUAGCCUCCGCCUUCCAGGUCUUCAACGGCAUCAGCCCCUUUGUCAAGUUCUCCCAUUUCACUGCCAACCAGGCCAUCCAGGAGGCGUUUGAGCACGAAGACCGCGUGCACAUCAUCGACUUCGACAUCAUGCAGGGCUUGCAGUGGCCUGGCCUCUUCCACAUCCUCGCCUCCCGCGCCAGCGGCCCUCCCCGGGUGCGCCUCACCGGAGUAGGCUCCUCCAUGAACGCGCUCGAGGCCACCGGAAAGCGUCUCUCCGACUUCGCCGACACACUCGGCCUCCCCUUCGAGUUUGUACCCGUGACCGAGAAAAUCGGCAACCUCGACCCCGAUCGCCUGGGCGUGUCCCGUCGCGAGGCCGUUGCCGUCCACUGGUUGCACCACUCACUCUACGACGUCGCCGGCUCCGACAACAACACCCUUUGGCUUCUCCAGCGAUUGGCGCCGAAGGUGGUGACGAUGGUGGAGCAAGACCUGAGCCAGGGAGGCUCGUUCUUGGCCCGGUUCGUAGAGGCAAUCCACUACUACUCGGCGCUCUUCGACUCGCUGGGGGCCAGCUACGGCGAGGACAGCCAGGAGCGGCACAUCGUGGAGCAGCAGCUGCUUUCCCGCGAGAUCCGCAACGUGCUGGCCGUCGGCGGCCCGGCGCGUUCCGGCGAGGUCAAGUUCAGCAACUGGAGGGAGAAGCUGAGCCAGUCGGGCUUCCAGGGGGUGUCGCUGGCCGGCAACGCGGCGGCGCAGGCCACCCUGCUCCUCGGCAUGUUCCCUUCCGACGGCUACACGCUGGUGGAGGAGAACGGCACGCUGAAACUGGGGUGGAAGGACCUCUGCUUGCUCACCGCCUCGGCCUGGAGGCCGCUGAGCCGCUACGGACGCCUCCACCACCAUCACAACGUCACGGCCCCGACCACCGCCGCCGCCACCUCCACCCUGACAGGCAGUUAGGAAGACAAGGCAUCUGCGAUUAUAUAAUUAAUUUGUGGGACGAUUUCUGUUACUUAUUUUGAUAGUCUGGGAGGCAAAAGGAAACCGAUGCUUUACUCUUCUUAUUAUCUUCAACAUUUCUACAAACAAGCAGGCGGCCCGUUUGGUAUAGCCUGAAUGGAAGUGGUGUAGAACGCGUUGAGCUGGAAAUGAGUGUGUUAUUCUUGA